CUGAUCGAUACUGAGAUGGCGAUGGCAGGAACUUUCCUGCUUGAGGUAGGUCGUUUAAUCGUGACCUCAUCGCGUCGCUCACUUUGUUUGCGUUCUAAGAAAACGAAGUUCGAACAGUCAAGCUGUGAUGGGAGAUUACAUUCCAUUAGGAGAAAUGAACGCAGCCUCGUGCAUCUGAAGGCGGUAUCACAGGGAAGACAACGCGUGGUCGAUGAUGAGGCUUUAAGGUUUAAACGAGGAUCCCACCACGGCGACCACCAAUGGAAACAGGUGUGCAGAAGUAAUUACCGUUUUUACUGGAAUUUGUGUAAAAAAUUGACUCUUGUGGCAGGUGCCGCCGAUGCGGUUAGAAUGAGCGAUCAGCAAAGGGUCCUAAAAUAUGAUGAAUAUGGGCAUAUGACCCCGACGAUUUCUCAAAUUAGGAUCCGGACUCUCGUGAGUAGGUCCGAAAGUUACGAUACCACAAGUGGCAAUGCCUAUUCGAGACCAAUCGACCCUCCAUCCCAGUCUUUGCUUACUUUCUCUGAUCUCCUGCAACGUUGUUCUCUGACACCACCUUCUGCUCUCUUGCCAUCGAAGCUCUGGUCCUUCUCGUCGUCGUGGAACGUGGUCUUGAACCCCUCCCCUUGGACAAACAAUGGAUUUCUUCUAAGUUCUGUGCUUUUCAAAGGGAAUUACUCGCAUGAGGGUAGCGGGACAAUGGCAGCGUCGACAAGCUUUUCAUCCUUUAUUUACUUGCUGCUGGUGGUUGCAUUCAUGACACUUUACCUUGUGUCGCAUAGCCCUUCGAAUCUACACACAAGAUCCCAUAGAAGAACACUUCCUGGUAAACGAAUAAAGGUUCGUGCGGUGCAUCAUGACAAGAAACACCACGAUCCCGUAGCAUUUGAUCCCAUAGUUGCAGACUUUGAAAGAAGAAAAGAGGAUCUAGCAUGGGAGAAGCAGCAUUUCGAGGAUCAGUAUAAGAAAUUGGGAGAGCAACUGCAAAAAAACGGUGGUAUAAGUCACCACGAGGAACCGUAUCGUGGGGAACCUCUUAAGAUCUUGAAGAAUGAUCAAGUCGACCCUCACGAUGUGGAUCCAGAUUACGAAGAUCCUGAGGAGUAUUUGAAUGAUGAAGAUCAGUUCAACAUCACCGAGCGUCUCACCUCAUUGUUCCCAUUGAUUGACAUUAACCCACGGGAUGACUAUGUCACUAGUCUUGAGCUGCUAGAAUGGCAUUUAGUGCAAGGCAAGAAAGCAAUGUUACAUCGAAGCGAUCGUGAAAUGGAAUCUCAUGACAAGAAUCAUGAUGGCCUCGUCUCUCUUGAGGAGUACCUUCCACAUGUGUUGGGCGCAGAACAAGUAGCUGCAGGACACAACAGCACGGAGUUCGACGAUGCUGGAUGGUACAAGCAGCAGUUUGAAGUAUGUGAUAGAGACAACGACGGGCUUCUUAAUGCCACUGAGUUUAAUGACUUUUUACAUCCCGACGACAGUAAUAACCCUCGGGUGCGUCAGUGGUGCCGGCUGGAACAAAUAAGGACUCAUGAUACAAACAAAGAUGGAAAGAUAGGCUGGGAGGAGUUUCACCAUGGAUUGUUCGACCAAUUGCAAGAUGAACAAGAUUAUCAUCACCCCAAACUAGCAGAACAGCUCGAAGCAGAAAAGCUAGUUCAGUCGAAACGAAAAUUCGCUGAACUGGACAGAAACAAGGAUGGCUAUUUGACUGAAGAUGAGAUUGCCCCUGUCAUGGAGAAACUCAGACCAGGAGAAUUAUACUACGCAAAGCAGCAAUCCGACUACCUUUUACAUGAGGCUGAUGAGAACAGGGAUGAACGGUUGUCGCUAGAUGAGAUGCUGAACCAUCCCUACAUUUUUUACAGCACGGCAUACGAUGAAGACGAGUUCGACCCCGCAAUACACGAUGAAUUCCGAUGAAAAUGGCAUUUUGCGGGACUGCAGACCGGAUUUGAGAGAGAUAUACAUACUAUUUGUUUGUUGUGGACGGGCAAAACGCAAGAGGUGUGUUGUACGCGGUGGAGGGUGGAAUGGUGUGGUUUUAUUUCUCCAGAAGAAUGAUUCCAACGUGGAUGCAUGCAUUCAUGCAAAUAGAGGAAAGGAAUGAGAAAAAGAACAGUUCGUAAAGUUAAGUUAUAUAGCGAGUGAUGAUCAGGUGGAGGGAGGAAGAGCCAGAGAAUUAGUCCAGCUGAUUCAUUAAUUGAAUGAAUGAUUGAAUGAAUUUCGGGGGGAGGAUAGGGGAUGAAGGGGAGUAUAAAUUUCGGAGGGAGCAACUUCCUAGUAUUGGCCUUGGGGGGGGGGGGAUUAAUUAAUUAAUUAGGGGAAUGGAUCGAAGUAGAAGUAGAAUUUAGAUUCGAUGCUGCAAUCUGGAAGCUGUUCCCACCUGGACCCCCCCCCCUCCCUCCUCGGAGAGCAACCAGUGACCCACCCCAUUCAUUCAUUUAUUCCUUCACAUCCACCUUUUGCAUUUCUUUAUUCAUUCAUUCUUUCCUUCCUUC